AUCAUCAUCAUCAUCAUCACCUGUCUGUUAUAUAAAGUCAUCUCCAAAGGCGCCUAGUAUAGAAAAUUACAGAUACAAGGCUUCCUACUAAAUUUCGUUUUUGGCUGUUUUUCUGACAAAGUAGCUACCUCUGCUGAUGUCGUUUGCUCCUCCAUCUGGUCCUCCUCCGGCCCGCGUUCCUGAGGGCUGGAAGGCAGAGUACCAUGAUGGGUAUAAAGAAUGGUAUUAUGUUGAUUUGAGCACCGGGAUUUCCCAAUGGAAUCCUCCGCCGACGGAGGCCGUUGCUCCACAUCCUUCCCACCCUCCUACCAGUCCAUCUUCUCCUCCACCAUCAUAUGAAGCUUCAGGUCCACCUUCGGCGGUGGGCGCGGUUGGUUCUGGUCCAGAUCAGAAGAUAGGGCCACACGCAACGCAAUCAGCGCUUGGCUCGAACAAUCCGUACAAAUCCCAAAUUUCCGAUAAUUCGAGCACAAUGCUUCCGGGAUCGCCUGUCGUGUCAGAUACAAAAGGCCCAGUAAAGUCACCGGAUCCAAAUAAGAUGAUUGAUGAGGAUGCAAGGCUUGCCGCACAGCUUCAAGAAGAAGAAAAUGAGCGAGCCAGGCAACAAGGAUAUGAUUGCGUCCUUGAGGCGAACAACACAGAACCAAACUCAAGGGCUUCGAAUCCCUCUGCUAACUAUAGCACCAUCGCCACGGCUUCAUCAACAUUGCCAAGCCAGCUGCAGACUCGUGCAAAAGGAGGCUUCUUCGGAAAAUUACUGGACAAAGCCAGGCAGCAUGCACCAUCUUCAUCCCGGCCGCAGCAACCAAGCUACUACCCUACCCCAGCACAGCAGCAACCACAGUAUGGUUACGCACUUCAACAACAGCCAUACGGGGGCUACCCGCCCCAAGGUGCAGGGGGUUAUCACGCACCUCAAUACCCACCGUACCAAAAUCCCUAUGGACAGCCUGGCAUGCAACCUGGCAGGAUGGGUGGCGGGCGUGGUGGCAGCGGAAUGGGAAUGGCAGGUGCUGCGGCUUUGGGUCUGGGCGGUGGAUUAUUGGGUGGUGCACUGUUGGCCAAUGCGUUGGAUAAAGAUCAUGGGGACGGGUACCAGGAUGGUUUUGCCGAUGGAGGUGAUUUCGGCGGGUUUGAUUGA